AUGAAUGAAGAGAUCAAUUGUAGUUUGCUGUCUACAGGGACUGCUACGGGGACCGCUACAGAGACCGCUACAGAGACCGCUACAGGGACCGCUACAGGGACCGCUACAGAGACCGCUACAGAGACUGCUACAGGGACUGCUACAGAGACCGCUACAGGGACUGCUACAGGGACUGCUACAGAGACUGCUACAGGGACUGCUACAGAGACUGCUACAGAGACUGCUACAGAGACUGCUACAGAGACUGCUACAGGGACUGCUACAGGGACUGCUACAGAGACUGCUACAGAGACUGCUACAGAGACUGCUACAGAGACUGCUACAGGGACUGCUACAGGGACUGCUACAGGGACUGCUACAAGGACUGCUACAGAGACUGCUACAGAGACCACUACAGAGACCGCUACAGAGACCGCUACAGAGACCGCUACAGAGACCGCUACAGGGACCGCUACAGGGACUGCUACAGGGACUGCUACAGGGACUGCUACAGGGACUGCUACAGAGACCGCUACAGAGACUGCUACAGAGACUGCUACAGAGACUGCUACAGAGACUGCUACAAGGACUGCUACAGAGACUGCUACAGAGACUGCUACAGAGACCGCUACAGAGACCGCUACAGGGACUGCUACAGAGACCACUACAGAUACCGCUACAGAGACUGCUACAGAGACCGCUACAGAGACUGCUACAGAGACUGCUACAGAGACUGCUACAGAGACUGCUACAGAGACUGCUACAGGGACUGCUACAGAGACUGCUACAGGGACUGCUACAGAGACUGCUACAGAGACUGCUACAGAGACCGCUACAGAGACUGCUACAGAGACUGCUACAGAGACUGCUACAGAGACUGCUACAGAGACCGCUACAGGGACCGCUACAGAGACUGCUACAGGGACUGCUACAGGGACUGCUACAGAGACCGCUACAGAGACCGCUACAGAGACUGCUACAGAGACUGCUACGGGGACCGCUACAGAGACCGCUACAGAGACUGCUACAGAGACUGCUACAGAGACCGCUACAGAGACUGCUACAGGGACUGCUACAGAGACUGCUACAGAGACUGCUUCACGGACUGCUACAGGGACUGCUACAGGGACUGCUACAGGGACUGCUACAGGGACUGCUACAGAGACUGCUACGGGGACCGCUACAGAGACCGCUACAGAGACUGCUACAGAGACUGCUACAGAGACUGCUACAGGGACUGCUACAGAGACUACUACAAAGACUGCUUCACGGACUGCUACAGGGACUGCUACAGAGACUGCUACAGAGACCGCUACAGAGACUGCUACAGAGACUGCUACAGAGACUGCUACAGAGACUGCUACAGAGACCGCUACAGAGACUGCUACAGAGACUGCUAUAGAGACUGCUACAGAGACUGCUUCACAGACUGCUACUGAGACCGCUACAGAGACUGCUACAGAGACUGCUACAGAGACUGCUUCACGGACUGCUACAGGGACUGCUACAGAGACUGCUACAGAGACUGCUACAGAGACCGCUACAGAGACUGCUACAGAGACUGCUACAGAGACUGCUACAGGGACUGCUACAGAGACUGCUACAGGGACUGCUACAGGGACUGCUACAGAGACUGCUACAGGGACUGCUACAGAGACUGCUACAGAGACUGCUACAGGGAUUGCUACAGAGACUGCUACAGAGACUGCUACAGAGACUGCUUCACGGACUGCUACAGGGACUGCUACAGGGACUGCUACAGAGACUGCUUCACGGACUGCUACAGGGACUGCUACAGGGACUGCUACAGAGACUGCUUCACGGACUGCUACAGGGACUGCUACAGGUCCACAAGUGAAGCACUGA